AAAUGCAGAAAAUAGAUGACCUUACAAAUUAAUCUAAUAGCAAUACCGAUAUAUCGUGACCACCCUCACACGUGACAGCUGUGAACAUCUGUUGCACGAAUCACCCACUGCUUUCAUUCGUCGUCAUGCGUCAUUCAGUCGAACCGUGCUGUGACAAAUUACGCAAUGUCUAACAACUGAUGUAAAACAAGCAAUUUACCAAACAGUUGGCCAAAUUCCGUGUGUACACACACUCCGAUCGACCCAGCGAGGCACUUUAACCAGCUCCUGACCACUUCGAGAUGCUGCGCAAAACGGCAACGAUGGGAAUCAUGGCGGCGGUUGCCGUUAAAGCGGCUCCCGAGCCCCAGAAACCAGCCUCCAGUGCGGCGGACUGCAGCCUGGUGUGCCGGCCCAGCGAGCUGCCCAUCUACGGCAGCUUGCGCAAGACAGAACCCAAGCCAGAACGGCAUCCACCACAAGACUCUGUGCUGCACAAGAACCUGGAGGCCGGAGUCCGCUAUGUGCGCGAGGAGGUGCAGUCUGGAUAUAAGGCAGUGGCCGAUCAAGCCGGCAUUGUCGGCCAUUACGUGGAAACCGCUAAGGCACACACCCAGUCCACCAUCGACAUGCUGAACGAGCCCCAGAACUCCCUGCACCGCAGCGGAGCCAUUGUGGUGGGCGGUCUGGCUGGUUUCAUCUUCGCCGCCCGUGGAGGCUUCAUAAAGAAGGUGUUGUAUUCGGGCAUCGGAGCAGGUGCAGUCGCCUCCAUGUGCUACCCCCGCCAGGCGGAAGAAAACUGCCGCGUGGUACUCUACGAGGGCCGUAAGAUCUUCGCCGUGGCCUACAACUUCAUCAAGGGCGUAAAGCCAGGAGAGGAUGUUCCCGUAGUGCCCUUCCCUACCUCGCUGGAGGACCUUAAGUACAUGGCCAGUGACCUGUACGAUGAGGCAAAGGAUCUAAUCUUCCCCAAAAAGAAGUAGGAAGUGCCCUCCCGCUAAAGGAAACUCCUAGUCCACCUCCAUCCGGGCGAAAAGUGUGCAUCGAUUUAAGUUGUAUGAAGCUUGAAUUCUAUCCGAAAGUAGUUAUCUCUUUUCUUGUUGCCAGAAAUAAAUUGGCCUCGCGUCCCAAAAGUGAAACGGCGGUUUAACUUGGCAAAUGUGUGUGGGCCGUGGCCAGAACCCGCUCUCACAUGAAUCUUCGAGUGAUUAAUUGAGGUGUUGGUGUCAAGUCAAAUGUCACGCCAGUGAGCUGUUGAAAAGUGAAAUCCGGAGGAAAGUGUCGGCUGCGGAUGUCUCCCAUCCUCCAUCUCCCCACGUGCAAAACCGAUUGUGCCAAUCAUCAUCGUCAAUGACCAUGGCCCGCAGCCGAACAUGGCGAUGACUACAAAUUGUGUGAAUGGUCUUGGCCAUCCAUUUGCGGUGCCCUCGGGGGCUGCUAUUGCUGAGGAGGAAAUCGGCUCUUAUAGCGAUGGGUAUCUCGAGCGGACCAAUUCUCCGAUUGCGGCAUUAUUUAUUAGACAAUAUUUUCAUUAAUCUUUUAUUGCUCUCGAGCUUUCGCAUCGCUAUAGAUAGACUUGUUCUUUGGGCAAGAUACAAACAACGUUCGGAUGUCUGCAUGCAUUUGUUUACAAUAAAUAUAGAUUUAGUUAAUUGUUAAAUAUUACUACACUAAAAUACCAACAACUUGUGGACAUGCAAAUGACUCCCAAUCCCCCCUACCCCUCCCAAGCCCCCUAUCCCUUCGGCUAUGUACAAAUAGAUAAUCCCAUUCGAAAUCCGACCGAUUUCCUUGUUAGACAACUUACGGUGCUAACAUUUCGCUAGACUAAAUUAGUGGGCGUUGACUGUGUGUGUGUGUGUGUAGGUGAAUGGGUGAGUGCGGAUAGGGGCGUGGCAGUGGCCCACAAGGCCAUGAUGUUAAAAUUGUUAAAUUGAAGCUAACUACGCUUAACAUUCCUUUAAGAUAAAUCACACAAAACUUAUAGAUACAACUGAUAAAUUAAAACAAAUAACAAAAGUAGAUCUGCCGUCGUCAGUAUCUUCUGAUCAUCAUCUGACAUGCUCCAGUAUCCACGGCGUAAACUUGGAGAUUCUCGUACAGACUCCGGGCAAAUUGGCCUCGGCACAGCCAAUGCCCCAGGAGAUGAUCCCGGCCAGAAAGAAGCGCCCAUCCUGCGACUUGGCCUGCAAAAUGUUUAUUAGCAUAUAUCUCGUAGGUUUGCUUUAUCCGGCAUCUCACCUGCAGUGGACCUCCUGAAUCGCCCUGACAGGAGUCCUGCCCUCCCGUUUCAUAGCCCGCGCACAGGAAUAUAUCCGGAAUGAACUCCUGGCGACCAGCUCGCAUGAACAUCGAUUUGCAAUUAUCGUUACUUACAAUCGGCACGGAGACCUAUUAAAAUGUAUUAGAUUAC